AUGAGGGCAGAGGGGAAGGUGUACAGCUCGGAUGAGGAGAAGCUGGAGGCACCGGCGGGAGACCCCGCAGGCAGCGGGCAGGAGGAAGAGGGCUCGGGCGGUGACAGCGAGGACGACGGUUCCGCAGGGGGCCGCGGGGCCCUGCUGGGACCCACCCCGAAGCUAACGGGGAGCCUGGGGACUGGAGCCGAGGAGGGGGCCCCGGCGGUGGCAGUCCCGGCUCCUGGGGGCAAAAGCCGGCGGCGCCGCACAGCCUUUACCAGCGAGCAGCUUUUGGAGCUGGAGAAGGAGUUUCAUUGCAAGAAAUACCUGAGCUUGACCGAGCGCUCCCAGAUCGCCCACGCCCUCAAGCUCAGUGAGGUGCAGGUCAAGAUCUGGUUUCAGAAUCGGCGGGCCAAGUGGAAGCGCAUCAAAGCCGGCAACGUGAGCAGCCGUUCUGGGGAGCCUGUAAGAAACCCCAGGAUUGUCGUGCCCAUCCCCGUGCACGUCGACAGGUUCGCGGUGCGGAGCCAGCACCAGCGGAUGAGCAGGGCGCCCGGCCCCGAGGGGCUCCCGGGGACUUCCUGAGUCUGCUCGGAGACCGGGCCAGGGUUCCGGGGACCAGAGGGGCUCCCGCUGUGAUCCUGCCCUGGAUGGGGCUCAGUCGGCAAUUAACGUGGCUCCAGGGGGGCUCUCCUGGCUCUUGGCCCUGAGCCACUCCAGAGACCCCCCAGGACUGGGGCUUCAGGGCUCAAGGGGCUUAGGUUCUUCCUGCCGAGGAGCUGCUGGGACCGAGGUGGACCCCUAGGCCUUGGAAGGUUCCUGGCUGAUGCCCUGGGAUCGCUUCUGACGGGGAUGGGAGGAAGCCAGGGUGAGACCUAGCCAAGCUGAUGACAGCUCCUUAUUUAUUUUGUGUGAAGUUUGUAUAUAUGGAGCUCUCUGCCUCUGUCUGUCUGCACCCCUGAGAGGGACUGGGGAGUUUGUGUGUUUCCUCCAUCCUCAGCCAGUUCGGUUCCAUCUCACUGCGCCAGGGUGGGUACCGCCUCGCCUGUCUGUAGUACAGGACGCGCAAAGAAGCGAAGUGGAACUGUCAGUAGCCCCUUAGAAACCCUUCAGCACUCACCGUGUCCUUCGUGUAACUACCUCCACGAACGUCCUUUCCCGCCGCAGGUGCUGCCCGCCGUUCACGCCUCCAGCUCUCAUGCUCCUAACGCGGCACCUCUUUUCUCUUUACCAUUAA